AUGAACACAUGCGAAAAUUAUUCUUCAUAUUCUACUUCCUCGACACCUUUUACAUUCUAUCAAUCCUCAUCCAUAUCAGCAGCAGCAACAACCGCACAAUCAAAUAAUUCAAUUCAACCGUAUAAACAGUCACUUUCAUUCUCUCAACAAAUACUUAAAGGAUUAAAUUAUUCAAAUUCACAAUCAAAUUUACUAUCAAGUUUACAAAAAUGUUUAUUUAUAAUAGUUCCUACAGAAAUUUUCAUAUUAAUAUGUUCUCAUUUAACGCCAUGGGAUUUAAUAUCACUUUCAAAAACUUGUCGUAAAUUUCAUGAUUAUUUAUGUUCAACUAUAUCUUCAAAUACUCAAUUAAUUUGGAAAACAUCAAGAUUAAAUACGAUAUUCUUUCCUAAAAUUCCUCCUCCAUCAGGACUUAAUGAAAGAGAAUAUUGUUUAAUAUUAAUGCUUGAAAAAGGUUGUCAAUUUUGUGGUAGAAAAGGUUCUAGGGAUGUACGAAUAUAUUGGACAUUUCGGGUUAGAUCAUGUUGGGAUUGUUUAAUGAAUCGAACCGUUUGUGUUGAAAGUGGAAAUGAAAUUCCUGAAUAUGCGAGUGGUUUACCAUUUACUAAAUUCAGAUUAAAUGGUAUGUAUGGUUCAGAAUAUAUGGUAUUCUGGGCUGAUUCCUUAAAACGAGCGAAAUAUGAAUUCGAUAACCUUUCAAAAACUGAACGUUCUGAAUGGAUAAGAAUUUCGAAACAAAAGGCUAAAGAAAUUGAGAUUGAUUCAAUAUAUCGUGAAAAACUUGAUCAAAAAUUAUAUGAUUUAACAAUGUAUCAUAAAAAAUGUCAAAUUCUUUUAUAUUAUGAACUUUUAGCUUCUGAAUCAAAUUCCAAUGGAAAUUUACUUUAUAAUCGUUACCUUUUAGAUAUGUGCCCUUUUUUAAAUGAAGUAAUGUUAUUACCAAAUCAUUUAUUCGCGAGAAUUGAUUAUGAUAGAUGGAAAAAUAAAAUUUUAGAAGAAUAUCGAAUUAUUGAGAUGGAACGAAGAAUAAUUCCAAAACGUUAUAAUCAAAUUAAAGAAAGGUUAGUCUAUUCACCUUUGUAUAAACGUCCUGCUAUUUAUUGGAUACCAUAUUGUCCUAGUUAUAAGUCUCCUCCUUAUCAUAAUAAUGAUGCAAGGAUUCCAUGGGAUGACAAAUUUUUGGAUAAAGUGCUUGUACCUAGAAUUAUGUCAGAAGCUACAUUAUGCGUGAAACAGGCUGAGGAUGCUGUCUUUGUGCUAAAAUUUAUAGAGGAUGUUUUAUGUACGAGAAUUAAAACUGUAAGGGAUGCGUUAGCGCAUGAGCUUGGUAAUGACGAAAUGUUUAGAUGCAGUUUAUGUGGUAAUAUGAAUUUGAAUUUCAAUUUAAGGUCGAGUAAUAGUUUAAAUUAUGUAGAUAAUUCGACAAUGUUAUAUAAUUAUACUGAUGUUAAACGACAUAUUCGUUCAAACCAUUAUAAUUGGUACCAAAAUUACUCUGAAGGAUCUGAAAGAUGUGAGGAUAUUUUCAUUGAAUUAGAUAUAAAAAUUGUACGAACUUUCUUGAUAAAUUGUUCAAAUCAUUGGUUUUGGCACGGCAUAUAUCCUUAUAAAUUACCUGAUGAUUUGGCAACAGUUUUAGCAAAUCGAAGGAUGAUAUGGUGGAUUUGA